AUGGCGUCCAGGCGGGUUUUGAAUGUGUCACUGUGUCUUCCACUGACACAGUGUCAGGGUGCUGGGGGUGCUCACCAGCCCGACUCUCCCUGCCCAGCCUCCCCUGGGGAUUCCCCCACCCUGCCCAGGGCACCGGACCCCAUGUCUGCCCCUGUCCCAGCCAUGCCACACCAGGGCCCUUCUCCAGCUCCCCGCAGCCCUGCCCGGCCAUGGGCUCUGCUGAGUCGGCUCUACCUGCAGGACCACAGCUUUGGCCUGUCACCAUCCCCAGGGAGAUGCCCAAGCCCCAGGGCAGGGCAGGGCAGCACGCAGUCCUGCCUGAGCUUCCGAACAAAGAUGUCUUCACUGAGACUGACCAUUCACCUGCCACAUCAGAAACCCAAAGUCUUGAUGGCACCGAGCAAUUUAACACCUAUUUGUGAUCCUGACAAUGAUGAUUCACAAGCUAAGGAUCCUGCUCUCUCGCCUGCGGAUGCUGUUGGCCUAGCAGAGCAAGCAAUCCCACCUUCACCAAAGCAGAGGCAGCAGCACUUCAUCGAAAUCUCAGGGUGGAGGACAAGAUUGGGAAAGAGAGGGCCUGCUGCUGAGAGCUGCUUGCUAUCUGCUCUCCGAACAGCCCCACGGGGCCCGAGACUCAUCAAAUACGCCGAGCAGCAGGGAAGAAAUGGGGGGAGUGACACAGGCUGGGAUAACUCCUGCGGAGCUGAAAAGUGGAAUCAGGUUAAUACUAUUCGCGCUAAAUAUGUAACGUUUAAGCGUGGCUCUGUCUUGGCCUCUCCCGUUCCUUAUGGCGAUGCCGGCCAGGGAGGCGAGAGAGCCAUUUACCCAUCUCCAACCGGGAUGCUGUACGCCAUCCCAACCUGCGGGCGGCCGGGGGCUGUUUGUGCCAUCCCGCUGUGCCAGUGCCACGGCAGUCGGAACCACCGGUACAAACACACCAGUAUGACCACAAAGUGCCGGGCCUCGGCCCUCUCUCCGCGACGGAGAAGGCGCCCGGUUCCCCCUCCCACCCCCGCACCACCCCUUCCCCAGAAAAAAGAGGGCAAAAUAUCAAGCAAAACAGCUGCUAAACUGUCAACUAGUGCUAAGAGAAUUCAGAAAGAACUUGCAGAAAUUACAUUAGACCCUCCGCCAAACUGUAGUGCUGGACCCAAAGGAGACAACAUUUAUGAAUGGAGGUCAACUAUACUGGGGCCUCCAGGGUCUGUAUAUGAAGGUGGAGUUUUCUUCCUUGACAUUACCUUUUCACCGGACUAUCCUUUUAAACCACCUAAGGUAACAUUUCGGACAAGAAUCUACCACUGUAAUAUUAACAGCCAAGGCGUCAUCUGCCUGGACAUUUUAAAAGACAACUGGAGCCCAGCAUUAACUAUUUCUAAAGUUCUUCUCUCCAUCUGCUCCCUCCUCACAGACUGCAACCCGGCUGACCCCCUGGUUGGAAGUAUUGCCACUCAGUAUAUGACUAACAGAGCAGAGCACGACAGAAUGGCCAGACAGUGGACCAAGCGAUACGCCACAUAGGAACCUACUCUAGGAUUUGCUGGACCUGUGCAAGCACAUUCACUAAGUGCAUCAAUAGCCCUUCCCUUCAUUCUUAUUUUUUAUUAAAUUUUGAACCAUUUUGUGACAAAAGGUUGUCCUUCCUUUCUUUUUGGGUUUAUUUUUAUUUUUGUUUGGGGUUUUUUUGUUCUGUUAACUUGAAAGCUGUUUCCCUCAAAUGUAGACAGGGAAUUUUGGUUAUCAGUGCAAAGAAUGUUGGAUCUGUAAUAGUAUAGAGCUUUGUCACAAAGCUUUGUAUUAAUGUGUGGGUUUUUUUUUUUCUUUCAUGUGGUUUUUGGGAAAACAAACAAAUUCAGAAUUAUAUCUCGUUUCUACUUAAAUGUAGUGUUUAGGGUUAUUUUUUUGUACUGAAGUCUUUAAUGGUGGGUGCAUGCUACUGGGAACAAGUUUUGUAUAAAAGCUUAAAAUCAAGAAUCACUGUGCAUUACUAAGACUGUGUUUAUCACUAGCCUUCUGUUUCCCACACGAAAGGCUAUUGCGUUGAACAAAUUAAUAUGUAUUUUGAUUUACUUAAAAAAAAAAAGUGCUUGUAAAUUUCUUAGGGACCUGCCACUUUUGACUGUGGAUCAGUUGAUGUACACUUGUAUUAUUAAAGCACUCAAUAAAACACUGUGGCUGAUAAAUGCA